AUGCAAAUUACCACCCCUGGUCCUUUCAAUCCCCCCAAACCCACUCACUCCCCUUUCUCUCGGUGCAGCUUCGGUGUGCUCAUACUUGUGGUGCUCACUGGCCGCAGCCACCCCCUACACAGACACAGAAAAGUGCAAAACACCACCCCUGAUGCUCUCGAUCCCCCCAACCCCUCCCCACUCCCCUUUCUGUCGGUGCAGCUUCGGUGUGCUCAUGCUUGUGGUGCUCACUGGCCGCAGCCCCCGGUCUACAGACAGUGGGAAGAACAAUCACAUUCUGCAAUGGGCGCAAGACUGCAUUUCCCCCGACGAUCCGGGAGCGUGCAUGCCCAUGUCCACCAAUCAGGUGACAGCGUGCAUGCCCAUAUCCACCAAUCAGGUGAAAGCGUGCAUCUCCUCAGACACCGCUCCCUUCCUCAAGGAUCUGGGCAUGGACGCCCCGGAUGA